GCGCGCCGGGCCACACACUCCGCUGGCCUCCACUUCCCUGGCGUGACGGCGUCGUCGUCGUCCAGAGCCGGUACUCUCCGGGCACACGUGGGCGUCCUGCAUGUCCGCCACCUCAAUACGCCCGGCCGGCGCGCUACCUUCCUGGCUGCAGCCACGGCCUCGGCCCCCUCUCCUCGGCUGGGUCAUGGCGCGGCCACCCGCUAUAAAUCCGCCCGCCACGCCACGGCCGCGCGGCGCCAGCGAGCCUUGCCGCCCGUCGGAUCGGACGGGAAUGGAACCGGACGCCGCGACCCGACGACGCUUCCGCCUCUGGCUGCGCGGGCUGCGGUCUCUGCGCGGCGACCUCAGGUCCGCCCGCUGGUCCGACGACCAGGCCCAGCUGGGCACCCUGGUGGGCCGCUUCGUGGCUCACAUGGAGGCCUACUGCGCCGCGCGCGCCGAGUUGGACCCGGUGCUGUGGCUGUCCGCGCCGUGGGCCAGCGCCGCGGAGCGCGGCGCCGCCUACUGGCUCGCCGGGUGGCGCCCGACCACGCUGGUCCACCUGCUCUACACCGAGUCCGGGCGCCGCCUCGAGGCGCAGCUCCCGGACCUGCUGCUGGGCGUGCGGCCGGGGAACCUCGGCGACCUCGGCCCCGCGCAGCUGGCGCGGGUCGACGCCCUGCACCGGCGCGCGGUGGCCGAGGAGGACGCGCUGUCGCGGGAGAUGGCGCGGGUGCAGGAGGGCCACGGCGGCGUGGUCACCGCCGGGAUGGCGCUGGACGCGGCCGCGCUGGUGGCACGGGUCGGGGCGGUGCUGCGCGGAGCGGACGCGCUGCGGGUGCGCACGAUGCGGCAGGCGGUGGAGAUCCUGCGGCCCGCGCAGGCGGCGGAGCUGCUCAUCGCCGCCGCAGACCUGGAGAUCGGCUUCCGCGAGUUCGGGCUCAAGUACGGCUCCGGCCGCGACGAGUAACACCUGGGUCACCUCGCGGCCCGCCUGGGCCAGCACAGUUUUUUGCGCCCACAGUUUUGUGUGGGUUGUUUUACUGGACCUGGAGCGGGAAGGAGAGGCGCUCCCUAGGUCGUUGCACUUCCUGACGUGUGAAUGCAUCCGACUCUGAGCGGGGAGAAGCGAGCGUGUCAAGCCAAAGGCCCGUGGAAGGGCAUGAUAUGCCCGGUGUUUGAUAAUAAAGACCAAUGAACGGUCUCAUGGUUAAUUUGGACGCUA